GAUACCUACUAUAGUCACCAACGUCCACACGGUGCACCUCCAAAAUUACCAGUGGUAGAGUAGCAGCUGUAGCUGGAUGGAGAAAUUCUCUUCCUUCCGGGAUCCUGGAACUGGUAUUCAGCCCUUCCUUGCGCCAGUUCCACCACAGGAACGUGACCUCCUUGUCACUAUUCUGACGCCCAUUAGAGCGGUUGUUGCUGUAACACGAACUGCUGUGAUUGUCGUGCUUAUUUCAAUCCAUUUUGUCUUAGUUCAUGUGAUCGGCUUUAUCUGUCGUCCUGUUCCGCCAUUACAAGAUGUGAUCUCAUGGCUAGGCACCGCCCUGCUUGCACGCUUGGCACUCUACGUGAUGGGAUUUUGGUCGGUGCCGACAGAGCUUAUUGUUCGAAAAAGAGGAAAAAUUCCUGAGAACAAGUGGAAUCCAAGGGCAGGGGACCUUGUAGUGUCAAACUGGUCUUCCUGGAUAGAAGUCCUUUGGCUAGCAUACAAAUACAACCCAUUGUUUGUGUUACCUGUUGCAAAUGCACCCGCAGCGUCCUCCGCCAGAGAUGCAUCGUCAGUAUCGUACACCCCAGGACGAAAGACAGGGACCGGAUCCGCAGCUAUAUCUUCUUUUAACCGCGCGUUGAGCUCACCGGAAGUCAUUCGCGGCUUUCGUCAGGUGUCUUUAUUGGAAAUAAUAUCUUCGACUGGCAAUACACCAUCGGCCCCUUCCUCUGUGCCUUUGCGUAGUCUUGAUGAUAUUCGCCGUUCAGCGCGUAGUCCCGUUGUAGUAUUUCCUGAAUGCACAACCAGCAACGGCAGGGGCCUGCUUCGAUUCGCUGAUGUCUUUGAUGGCGCAAGUGUUCCUACAAAGGGCUACAACAUCUUCUUGAUGUGUGUCAGAUACGAUCCUCCGACACCGUCGCAACCCUCUUUGUCGCACUCGGUCCCGGGUACUACACUCAACCCCCUGCGACAUCUGUUCCAAAUCUGCACCAGUCUUUCUCCACAAUCUAUCACAAUCCGCCAACUUCCGCUCUCAGAAUCACCUAGUUCUCAGCUCUUCAUAGUCAAUGAGGUGGUUGCUGAACCACGUUCUGAUAUGCUUGCCGAAGUCUGCGCUGUGCUUAUAGCGAGAAUGGGCAAGAUGAAAAGGGUCGGUUUUGGAUGGGAGGACAAAUACGCCUUUUUGAACUUCUAUCGUGGAAGGCGAUGAUGAUCUGAGACGAGCUGUUCAGCUAUUUGGUUAUGUGGAAAACUCAGCGAUCGUCUUCAUAAGGUCGCGGAGAAGUGCAGUACUAACUUACUUACCCAUGAUUUGCGGUCAAAUGAACUCUCCUAAUUGUAUAUCCCUUGCAAAUCAUUCGGUGUUUUAUGGA